AUGUCCAAGUUCGGAGUUCUGGUCAUGGGCCCAGCGGGCGCUGGGAAAACCACCUUCUGCAACGCCCUCAUCCAGCAUUGCCAGACCACGCGCCGGAGCUGUUUCUACGUCAACCUCGACCCCGCCGCCGAGAGCUUCCAGUACGACCCUGACCUCGAUAUCCGCGAGCUGAUCACCCUCGAAGAUGUAAUGGAGGAGCUAGGGCUCGGCCCGAACGGAGGCUUGAUAUAUUGCUUCGAGUUCCUUUUGCAAAACCUGGAUUUCCUCACCGAAGCCCUCGAUCCGCUUAGCGAAGAGUAUUUGAUUAUCUUCGACAUGCCCGGUCAAAUCGAACUUUAUACACAUGUACCACUUCUCCCGUCGCUCGUGCAAUUCCUAUCUCGCGCAGGCCCCCUGAAUAUCAACCUCUGCGCCGCGUAUCUCCUCGAAAGCACAUUCGUCGUCGACAAGGCCAAGUUUUUCGCGGGGACACUGAGCGCAAUGUCCGCCAUGUUGAUGCUGGAGAUGCCGCACGUGAACAUCCUCACGAAAAUGGAUCAGGUGCGCGAGAUGGUGUCACGUCGGGAACUGAAACGCUUUACUCGGGUGGAUGUGCAACUGUUGCAGGAUAAUCAGGAGGCAGAGGAUGCUGCGAGCUCGGACCCCAUGUCGAAGGAAUCUUUGAUGAGCGGCGGGUCGUUUGAGAGGCUGAACCGCGCCGUCGCUCAACUAAUCGAUGACUUCAGCAUGGUGUCCUUCUUACAGUUAGAGGCUCAGGAUGAGGACAGUGUUGCUGCUGUGCUGAGCCAUAUCGACGACGCCAUUCAGUACCACGAGGCGCAAGAGCCGAGGGAGCCUAACGAUGCGCAGGAAGUCGAUUACGAGGAUUGA